AACUUGAAAUGACUGAAAAGGAUAGAUUCAUAUCGAUCUGUAAUGAUCUGGAGAGAGGGUCAUUUCGGAAAUAAUUGAAAAAGGAACAAGAAAGCGUAAAUUCUACCAUGAAAACGAAGUGUGAACUUCUACCAAACAAUGGCGUAAACGCGGCAAUUUGUAUUUGUUUGAUAUUCUUCUGGCAAGGGGUUUGCUGUGGUAACGAAUGCCCCAAAUCGGUUGGUUAUGUCUCACCAUUGAAAGAUAACCAUGGGAAUUGGAUCAACGUGCUCACUGAUUUGAAAAUUCCCUGUCCCGGGUACAUCAUUGGCUGGGAACACCAACGUUUUACCAAUAGUGAGCCAUUCUGGAUAGCUGUGUUAACACCAUUGGGUAGCAUGCUAUAUACGGUGCGACAUAUAGUAAAGGUUCCAGUUACACAUCUAGGCCUAAAUCGACUUAGAAGUCCAAAUCUGAAGGUGGAGCAUGGUGAUGUUUUAUCUGUGAUAUUCGCAAAUCAAACCAUUGAAGGGGGGAUAGCGAACGAGCGUAACCACACCCGAUCCCCUGUGUUGAAGCCAGAACAAUACUAUAGAGUUUUGAGUAAUGGGCGAUAUUUCGUUGACGACACCACCGUUGGAGACGUUCUCAAUAUGAAUCCCAGUGAGCUCUAUAUAAGAGGCUAUGCAUUGAGGCCUCUGCUUUCCUACGAUAAUCCAUCAGAAAGUAUAUCUACUGCAACAAAGGUGGCGACAGACUCGACCAUCGUUGAUCAUGUAAUCAAUGAGUUGACGUGCAGAAGUAAAAUAGAGUGCGCUAUGAUUUGCCUUAAAGACAUCCGUUGUCUUACCUAUAGUUACACUAAGUUGACGAGGAUGUGUGUGUUGCAUGAUAUCGACGACAAUGACAACUCUUUGAUUAAAUCAAAGCCUGGAACAGAUUUAUAUUCCAUUAUGCUGUGACUUUUUCCCUUUGCCUUAUUGUACCCUAUAUUCCCCCAUUCA